UAUUAUUUUACCUAUUUUUUUUUGUAAUAUUGUAUAAAGGAUAGAUACCAUGCCCGUUGAUUGCCAAAGAUCCACCUCAGGUGGCAAGGGUAAUUUAGUUUCAGACUUUAGUUGACGAUCUUAAAGACACGCCCUACGCUUCUUACUGGCGAAAACCACUUGGUAAAACCCGAGAUUAUGUUCCAAUGCUACCUGAUGGCCUUGAUGCGGUUUAUACAACAUUUGGAAAGAAAACUGAAUACCACGGGACGCUGUAUGAUAUAGUGAUGCCAAAAGUACCAAUGGUUGAUAAAACACCACGAAUGAAGGAAGCAGGUGUCCAACUUGAUCGCGUCUACUGUACACCUGCUUUUAAUCCCGAUCUUACUUAUGGUCACAGAACAUUCACGGAUAAACGAGGUACUUAUGCAAGAUGCUGUUUAACUGAUGAUAGUAUAGUUGUGGGUAAUGCUUCUAAAACUAUUAUGAACUCAAUUCAGUCUGAUUUCAUUGAAAAAAAUCAAUCACGAGUUGGUAAAGUUCUAGCUCCAAACGAUAACAUACGCAAUGUUCCAGAAGGCUAUUCAUUCGGUAUGUUAAAACCGCCGGAUAACUUACCGCAAUGCUUAACUUAUUGUGAUUUGAAUCCGGAUAGAAAACUAUACUUGAAUUGCUUAAAGCAUCUCAAUACACUACGAAAAGUAUUAUCCAAGCGAUUUUUACCGAAUUUUUUCAAUCAAUUCUAUCUAAAUAUAAAAUACUUUGAUUCUGAAAGAAGAGGUUGGUUGCCCAAAGACUUCAUCUAUGACAUGUGUGCCAAGAGAUUAAUACGUUUUGAUCCAUCAUUGAUUGAACCGUUGCUCUCAAUGUGGCAAGCAUUCGAUGGCGCGAACAUCGAAUAUAAAACCUUCGUUCACGUUAUAAAUUAUAGAGAACCUUCACCAGAGCUUCCGAAAGUAAAAGAUUUACCAGAUGAAUGCUUAGACUUUCGCACUACAUAUAAAGAAAUGGUUAAACCUGGCCAAGAAGGAGAUAAAAGGAAACUGGCGGGUGUACCUUCUGGAAGAUAUUUUGAUUUAGAUUAUCCAAUAACACCAGAAAAAUGUUGUAGAGCGGCCAGAACCUGUUUACCUCAGGAGUCAGAUAUGAAAUCUUGUCUUAAUCCAAGUGUUUUGACGUUGUAUCAUGUUAGUCAUAGAGAUAUGUACGCUAAACGAGAGCCUGGCUUAGUUCGCAAAGUUUUUGAAGCAGCAGGUGAUAAACUGUCUGAUGAAGAGUUUAACAAUAUCUGGGAGGAUGCAAAGAAACAUCAUUCUGAAGGUUGGGUCAGCUUUGAAACAUUCCGCAGAUCUUUAGAAAGUUAUAACAUGAACAAAAACGAUGACAAAAAUGCAAAACAUCAGUGAACGCAUAUAUUAUGUACCUACUUUUAAAAUUGCAAUAAAAAUAUUAAUUAAAA